AUGCGGCCGGGCCCGGCCCCCGCCGCGGCGCUGACGGACGUGGUGAGUCCGCCCCUCCCCUGGCCGGCCCCCCUCUCCCCGUCCCCGGGGGAUGGAUGCAUGGAUGGAUGGAUGGGUGGAAGACUAGGUAAUUCUAGAAGCUAUGGAUAUACUCUUCAGAAUAAGAGGAGGUUUGGAUCUUGCAUUUCAGCUUGCAACUACUGAUGAGGCAUCAACAAAAAAGGCAUUAGGAUAUGUUUUCAGUGAUCUAGAAAACAAACUAUCCUCAGAGGUUCUUGUGUUCAGAAUUUGCCACAGUUCAGUCUAUGUGUGGCCUAACAAUGGUAUGACUACAGUUCCAGAGCUGACUGAUGAGUCUGCAUGUAAGGAGUUAACACGAUUUAUACAAUUUGAUCAAGAUGAUGAGACCAAACGAAAGCUUGGCAAAAAAAAGGAUAAAAAGUUACAGGAUACGCAGCAGCAGAUAAUCAAUGUAGACCUCAUGUUGGAAAUGACUUCUUCAUUAGCUGCUUUGGCUCCAGUCAUUGAAAGGGAAAAGAAGGAACACCACUACAUAAAUAUGACAUUACCAGUUGAUGUUGUUGUAUCUGUUUCUCCAGAAGAACCAUGGGGAAAGGUACAGAAUCUCCUAGUGAAAGCAAUUCAUGGGCAAUUAACUGACAUGGAAAGAUGUAUCAUGAAAUAUGUGAAAGGAACAUCAAUUGUGGUACCAGAACAAUUUCAUUUCAUGUUACCAGGAAAAAAUCACCUCAUAACAGUCUCAUAUCCUACGGGUAUUUCAGAUGAUCAGCUGGAAAGUUACAGAAAGGAAUUGCAUGGGUUAUACAAUCUGCCUUGUGACAGACCAUAUUUCAAGAGAGCAAAUGCUUAUCAUUUUCCAGAUGAACCAUAUAAAGAUGGGUAUCUCAGAAAUCCACAUUUACAUCUUAGUUCACCUGGCAUGGAGUCUGGUAUGGUUUAUUUAGUGCAAGGUGUAUACAGUUACCACCACUAUAUGCAGGACCGCAUGGAUGACAGUGGCUGGGGCUGUGCCUAUCGGUCUCUGCAGACAAUCUGCUCUUGGUUCAAGCACCAAGGCUACGUGGAUAGACCUAUACCAACACACAAGGAAAUUCAACAGGCACUGGUUGAUGCUGGAGACAAGCCUGCAGCAUUUGUUGGGUCACGGCAGUGGAUUGGUUCGAUUGAGGUACAGCUUGUUCUGAAUCAGCUUUUUGGAAUAACAUCUAAAAUAUUAUUUGUCAGCCAGGGUUCUGAACUAGCAUUGCAGGGAAGAGAGCUUGCUAAUCAUUUCAAGACUGAGGGAACUCCAAUUAUGAUUGGUGGAGGUGUUUUGGCUCACACAAUAUUAGGAGUGGCUUGGAAUGAGACUACAGGGCACAUAAAAUACUUAAUUCUAGACCCACAUUACACUGGAGGAGAAGAUCUGCAUGUUAUUUUGGAAAAGGGCUGGUGUGGAUGGAAGGGCCCGGAGUUCUGGAACAAGGAUGCCUAUUAUAAUCUGUGCCUACCUCAACGACCAAAAGCUAUUUAAAUUCACUCUUACGCUGAACGCGCUGAAAUGGAAUAGUAGCUAAUCUAGAUAAAACUGUCCUGUUAUUUAUCAAAAUAAUGCUUUAAGUCAAUCAAAACCCAGUUGAAAUAGAAAUAUUGGUUGAAUGACUUAAAUUGAGAAACUAUUUUUUUUAAUGAAACCUCUAGAAAUAAGAGUUACCUGCUUUGAACUGUAUCCUUACAAAUGCAUUUACUAGGCAACAAACACUCUGUAAUUUUUCGUAGCACAAUUUUAGGCUUAUAUAGUAUUUUCCCUUCUAUUAGAAUCUUUAUAGAUUAAAUGCCAAAUCCUUUUGUUUUAUGGAAUAUUUUCAUGACAAAAAGAUAUACUGUCCUCUGCCUUUAGGGUUCCACUUAGCCAGUUGCCGUGUCCAUUAUGAAUCUGUUCAAAGGCCUUGUUUGUUGCUGGUAUUCUUGAUGAUGCACUUUAGGAGUGGGAAAAAAAAUGGCUAUAUUUACUGCAUUUUAUUAAUUUUGCUCUCAUAUUUACACAGAAAAGAAAGCAAGAGAAUUCAUUUUUCCAUCAUCAUUUAUUUAUAGCUGAACGAAUACAAGUAUUCCAGGGGGGAAAAAACCUCACAGCAUUCUUCUGUAAGAAGUAACAAUAAACAAGCUUUCCUCCUUCUCAGAAGGAGACAAUGUCCCAGCACACACAUCUGACUGCUCAGUGUUUCAUCCAGUCAUGGUUCUUCAGACUUUGGAUUCCCCAUAUUUCAUGUUGGGAUUACUGUUUUUUCUGGCAGCUAGGAGACAAGAUCUGUCAUAGAAACAAACAAAAUAAGUCUGAAGCUGUGUCAUCAGUACAUCAUGAAGAGUACCUAUGAUUUUUAUUUUUUUGUAUCAAAGUAGCCUCUUAAGUGGCAUUCCACAUGUCCAUUUCCAAGAAGACCCUAACCUUAAGUACCUAUGCAAGUUCAUCCGUACUAGGAGGCUUCUAAAUCUAACUGGUCUGUGUCUAACACACAUUUGUUUUACAUAGAUGCUAAUAACAUUUUUAAAACAUUCUGAAUUGUAUUAAACCAACACUAUUACAUACCA